AUGACACUCAGAACACGACACUGCAACACUGCAACACAGGGACACAGCAACACAGCAACACAGGGACACAACAACACAGCAACACAGGGACACAGCAACACAGGGACACAGCAACACAGGGACACAGCAACACAGCAACACAGGGACACAGCAGCACAGGGACACAGCAACACAGCAGCACAGGGACACAACAACACAGCAACACAGGGACACAACAACACAGGACACAACAACACAGCAACACAGGGACACUGCAACACAGCAACACAGGGACACAACAACACAGCAACACAGGGACACAGCAACAUAACAACACAGGACACAGCAACACAAAAACACAACACAGCAACACAACAACACAGACACAGCAACACAGGGACACCGCACCACAGGGACACAACAACACAACACAGGGACACAACAACAAAAUACACAAAAAUCACAAAGACAGCAACACAGGGAGACAGCAACACAGGAACACAGGAACACAAAAACACAACAUGGACUCAACAACAAAACACAGCAACACAACACAGUAACACAGCAUUACAGCAACACAGGGACACAGCAACACAGCAACACAGGGACACAACAACACAGCAACACAGGGACACAGCAACACAGCAACACAAAGACACACCAACACAACAACACAACACAACACAGGAAAGGCAACAACAUAACACAACAGCAUAG